ACGUCCAGGGCUCCUUGUGGAUGAACCAAAUUGGCUUCUAGAAAUUGUAUGCCCAGAUGAUCUAGGACUGGUUGGCAAUCUCAUCUGGAACCUACACCAUGAGAUGCAGUCAACAUCUUACAGUAAAUAUUUAUAGAAACUAAAAAAUGUACCUCCUUUCCUUUUUUCCUUUCCCCUUAAAAUACCAGACAAAUCAAUCAUAACUUCUGUAUCUGUAAAAAAUAUUUUCUGUUAAUUUUUUUUAUCUUUUCCAAAUUAUUUUCUCCUACUUUGUCAUUAAAGUCAAAUGUCUGUCUGCUCACCACGUAGUGUGCUUUGAUUGUAUUUUGGCUUUGAUGCUGCCAUUUCUGAAAUGUGGGGGAGGAGGGAAACAGAACUGACUUGUCCAAUUGCUGUGUUGUAUUCCUACCAAAUUUCCUGGACAAUUGAUGGAUCUUUGGGAGAAACACCAGAAAGCUUGUUGAAAUGGAAAGCUUCUACUAAUAAAGGAAGAAUUGUUCGUCUCUAGGCUUCCAUUUGGAUGGGCCUGCCUUAACAUUGUUUGAAAUGCAGCGUGAGUAGCCCUUUUGUUUAUUGUUUAUUUACUUCCCUUAUUGGCAUGUCAGCUCCCAUACUUCCCUUCUUACUCUGUUGCUGUUGCUUGAGAUGGUCCUGCUUGGCCCAGAAGCCUGUUUGGAAAUGGUCUCAGUAAACUUGGAAGGAAAUGGUCUCAGUAAAGUUGGAAGAAAAUCUGGCAGACUCAAUUUUGGAAGACAACAAAUCGGAGCAAUUCCAGAAGUCUGCAGAUUUACCAAAAGGACUGCUGCAGACAUUUCUGCUCCAGGAAGGAAAGGAUAGAAGCCGCAGAGACCAUGGAAAGGAUGAGCAUCCUUGUGACCAGUAGGCAAUCAUCUGUAGGGUCUGACUUCCAGAAAGUGGGUGUGGCUGUGAAAAAAAUGCCCUGCCAUUUUAGCUACCAGGAAAUGUUACUGUGGCCAGCCAGGUGGAUAGAGCACUUAGACUAGGCCCAGGUCACGAGUACUCCAAGGAAAGGUCUACCUCACUGGACUAAGUGGAACCUGGAAUGGGGGGGAUUGAACUUGGGACCUUCUGCUUGCGAGGCAGGUGGCAGAAUUACUGAGCUAAAUCCCCAGCUGUACUUGGAAAGAGGAUGGAACUUAUUUGACUUCUGAUUCUGUGACCUUGAGCUUCAUACACGAAAUGAAAGCCUCCUCCAGUGAAAGGGAUCGAACUCCGGUCCUUGCACAUGAGAGGCAGAACCACUGAGCUAAAUUCCCAGCCCUCCAAGUAAUUCUUGAAAAGCCAAAUCCAACCUUUCUUGGAAAAAAUCAAAGCUGUUGCUGGUUUCUUCACAUUCAUAUGGUGAAGGCGGAGGGCUAGAGGGGCUUUCCUGAAAUUUGGAUUCUGAAUUAAUCCAAUUGAUGCUGCUGACUCACAAUGCAUAAACACAGAGACCUGAGCAGCUGAGUACUACUGGCUAUAGAGAGAGUUCUCUCAGAGGUUCAUGGCAAGGUGAUGCUGGGAAUCAAGAAAAUCUGACCGUCUCCCAGAGCCGUAGAUGAUACGACAGCAGUUCUCUACAGGUGCCUCUUGGGUGACUGGCAAGUGCUGUGGUGACUCUGUUGGACACUUUGAGGAGCGGCUAGACUGUUGUCCAAAAAAGUUCCUUGGAGUUCUUUGCAGCAUUAGUGGGCCGCUCUCCCUUCUCCCAGUACUGGGUAUUGAACCAGGAGCCCCGCUGCUGUUAGGCACUGCUAUGCUCUACCACAGAGCUACUUGCCAGGCUUGAGACAAGGUCUUGGUAAGUUGCUCAGGCUGGUCUCAAACUUGUGAUCCUCCCGCCUCAGCCUUUUGACUAGCAGGUAUUACAGUUAUUCCAUACCUGGCAGGUGGGCUACUUUUAAUAUUUUAAAAUCUUUAAGUAGAAAUAUGUGAUUAGUGUUUGAGUAUAUUUCAAAUAAACAUUUUAAUGUUAUGAGCAGCCAUUGAUCUGUGCAGACCCUGUUUUGACGCAUCUUGGUGAGAGCUAUGGUUCCCUUGGCUUUUCCACGCGGGUGCUGUUAAGCUCAUGUGUGUGAACACAUCUGAUUCUCAUGACCUGUGCGGCAGAUGCUGCUGUUGCGAUGCGCACUGUGUGGAUGAGGACAUGAGGCAGAGGAGCCGGGCACCACCUGGUGUGGGAGGCAGCCCGAGAUGGCCCGAACUCUGAGCUCUCCACUGCUCACUGGACUGUCCGAAAGGAAUUAACCCUGCCGGAACGCCCACUGCUUGGCUUAGAGAGCGAGAACAGUGUUUCCACCAUAUCUGCCUAGGGACGCUGCUUUUCCCGAGAGCCACACUAGGCUUCAUCGCUGCCCCGCCUCACACGACAGCGCCAGGACUGGCUCAGCGCUCAGCGGCAGCCCGGGCUCCUCCCCGAGGGUCCGGCUUGCCCACCCCCGCCAGGGAACAGGGCUCCUUUUCUGGGGUCUGGGACAACCGAAGGCUGUGGGCGGGGCUGUGGGAGGGCGGGACCAGCCCGCUGCGUGGGGGCCGGUGUGGUAGCGACUGCCAAGACGGUGGAGCCAUGAGCUGGAGCUGCCCGCGCUGCCUGGAGCCUGUGUACUUUGCAGAGAAAGUGAGCUCUCUGGGUAAGAACUGGCACCGCUUCUGCCUGAAAUGUGAGUGCUGCCACAGCGUGCUGUCCCCAGGAGGGCAUGCAGAGCACAACGGGAGGCCCUACUGCCACAAGCCAUGCUAUGGGGCCCUCUUUGGACCUCGAGGGGUGAACAUCAGUGGUGUGGGCUCCUAUCUCUACAAUCCCCCCACGCCCUCCCCUGCCAGCACCACCCUCCUCAGCCCCAGCAGCUUCAGUCCCCCCAGGCCGAGGACCAGCCUCCCCCAGGACAAGAAAAUCCUGCCCUGCAUGAGGACAUUCACAGGAGAGACCUCCCUUUGCCCUGGCUGUGGGCAGCCUGUCUUCUUUGCCGAGAAGGUGAUGUCUUUGGGUAGAAACUGGCAUCGACCCUGUCUGAGGUGCCAGCGUUGCCAGAAGACCCUGACUGCUGGGAGCCAUGCUGAGCAUGAUGGUGCCCCCUACUGCCACGUCCCCUGCUAUGGCUACCUGUUCGGGCCCAAAGGUGUGAACAUCGGCAAGGUGGGCUGCUAUAUCUAUGACCCAGUGGAGAUAAAACCCAAAUGAGCAGCUCCCAGGAGAAGUCACCCUAAUGCAGGCUUCCUGCCACCCCUCCAUGGUCCAGUGGGGGCUAUGAUUUCUUUCUCGGGUCCUGUGGGGUACAGAAAGGGACCCUGGGUCCCUGGGCCUACGCUCCAUGGUAGGCCAGAGUCUACUCUAGACUUUUUCUGCCAAUUCUUGCGUUUCCCAUUCCCACUUGGUUAGGGGGCACAGGCCAUCCCCACUAUGAAUGACGCCGCCCCCGCCCAGCCUUCUCAUCUCUUGUCCCAGCAAAUUCUGGGGCUUAAAGAUACUCAU